AUGGGUUCCCACUCCUCUUUAGCUGAUCUUUCAGCAACUGCUGAAAACUCUACAGCUGUUCCUGUUAAUGCUUCUACUCAGACUACCACGUCACAUACUUCUGUGCAGGCUAUUAGCGUCGAUCCUACUCAGACUUUUGACUACAAUAACGACGACGGUAUUGCAACCCAGACGGCCUCGGCAAAUGCAUCUGUUCAGAAUACUCCUGCUCAACCUGCAAUCGGAGACAAUUCCCACGUUUCUGACGACAACAGCGAAAACAACAUUCCGACACCAGGUAGCGCUACCACCGCUCCCCUCAGAACUCAUUCCGCUGAGGUCUCUGAUGCUACUGCCCAUCCCAACAAUAUCACGCAUGAUUCAUCUGACCCGUCUCGUCCCGCUCAGCUGCUUGCUCGCUUCAUGGCCAUGAACUCAGCUCUCUUUCCUCAAGCUGUGGACGAUUCCGAUGAAACUCAUGAUGAUGAUGAAGUCAUUGUCACCUUGCGAAUUGACGGAUUCGAUAUUAUCAUCCACCGUGAGAUUACCGAGAAGUCCAAGAUGCUUCGCACACGCCUGAACCCCAACUGGGACCCGGAUUGUAUCGCCGUGGUUAUUUUGGAUGGUGACUACAAGAUCUGGCUCAUUGUCGUCCUGGCCAUGUACGGCUGUGUCGCCCUCCCCUUUGGUAUCAUCGAGGACAAGCCCGCCUGUGCUAUCAUUGAAGCUUUAGUCCACUCAGACUACCUCCUGGUCACCUAUGAUGUCCAAGUCUGCCUUUGCCGCAUGAUCACCGCCCGCUUUGCUGCGUUCAAGGACUGGAAGAUAAUUCCGUACAACAGCUUGACACAGCAGUUCCACACCAACAGGGCCAUCGAGAUCAAUGAGACCCACAAGACCUGGAGCGCUCUCGACAAUGGUAUCUACACCCCGUUCCUGGAAGUUGGCUUCGCUCUCCUACUCAGUCACUACUGUCCCCUACCGGUCUACCACCAAGUCAGGCACCAUUUCAGUCACGCCCUAGACGGACUUGGUCACACGGUUGGGAUGCACCUUGCAAAUGGGGACCGUCUUCUUAUCGACUCCGCCUUUUGUCUAUUCACCUUUCCGCCUCCCGGAGUGCUGUGA